AUGGCAUCAAAUGCACCCCUUCUGGAUGAUGAUGACACCCCUGCAUUUGGAGAAGAGAAUGAAGACCAUGGGAAAUUAAAGCACCCCUUCGUCACGCUGUUCAACCUGCUGUUCCGGUUCGGAGCUAUCAUCGUGUACAUCCUGGCUAACUGGUUGGGCCAAGGCUUCAUCAGCUGCUUCAUCAUCAUCAUCAUCUUGCUGCUGUCAGCAGACUUCUGGACAGUUAAAAACAUCACAGGUCGGCUGAUGGUCGGUCUGCGCUGGUGGAACUACGUCGACGACGACGGCACCAGUCACUGGGUCUACGAGUCGCGGAAGGGCCUCCAACAGAGCCGGGUGCACGCGGCCGAGGCCCGCAUCUUCUGGGCGGCGCUCUACGCCUCGCCUGUGCUCUGGGUCAUCCUCCUGAUCUUCGCAUUCUUCAGCUUCACCUACGCCUGGAUGGUGCUGCCGGCAAUCGGGAUAGUCCUGAACGGUGCCAACGUGUACGGGCUA